AUGAGCAAUCGUGGAAGGGGAAAUAGGGGCCAGCCUAGUAGGCAAGCAGGAGCAGCUGAGGACCCUCGAGUAGAUGGGGUCUUACGAGCCCUUGAAGCGAUCGGAGAUUUGAUGGGACGGCAGGCUCGAGAACGAGCUACUGUUGUCGCUGAGGCCGCUGCCGCCGCCAUUAAUAGUAAUCAAGGAAAUGGAAAUGGGGAUCGUCAGAUGCACCAGAUAGUAGAACAAUUUCUAAAGCUAAAACCGCCCAAGUUCGAUGGAAAGGGUGAUCCUGAAGCUGCCACCCUUUGGGUUGAGGAGUUGGAGAAGGCUUUUGAACUUCUAAGGUGCACAGAGGAGGAUAAAGUGGUACUAACAGUGUAUCUACUCCAAGCCUUCAAUGGGAAGUACUUCUCUGAGAGUGCACAAAAACAGAAAAUGACAGAAUUUCUACGACUUCGUCAGAAUCAGUUGACCGGGGAUCUGUAUGAGGCGGAGUUUGCAAGGUUGUCUAAGUUCGCACUAAGAAUGGUCGAGAACCCUCUAGAUAGGGCAAGGAGGUUCCAGGAUGGUCUGAAACCGGAGCUCCGUAGUCAGUUGAUACUCUUGAACCUAAAGGAUUACAAUGAGCUUUAUGAGCAGGCUCAAAUGGUUGAGCUAGAUAUGACUGAAAGGGCUGCUGCAUCUGGAUAG